GCUCAGUCGUGUCAACGGGAAUAGUGUGUACGUCGCUGAUAUGGUAAUAGCUCUACAGCAUGUCUAGUGGUUGCAUGACGGAUUUAACCGCAGCAUUUGUGAAAGACACCAGAGGAGUUGGACGCGGGGGAAGCAAGCUCCGAAAUAUUCAGUUUAAUAGAGAGUCUUUGAAAGUAACUUCUUUCAUUAAAAACGAAAUUGUAAGUGAUCACAUUCAGUUCUAUUCUUCAAUCGUCAUCCACAUUAACUGUUUCUGCGGGUGGCCAUGGAUGGUUUAGCCAAAGCCAACGAGCAUGUCAAGCGGCCCAUGAACGCCUUCAUGGUGUGGUCCCGAGGCCAGCGCCGUAAGAUGGCUCAGGAGAAUCCCAAGAUGCACAACUCCGAAAUCAGUAAACGACUUGGCGGAGACUGGAAGUUACUUUCAGAGGAGGAAAAACGACCAUUCAUUGACGAGGCUAAGCGUCUGAGAGCUCUUCAUAUGAAGGAGCACCCCGACUACAAGUACCGGCCUCGAAGAAAGCCGAAAAACAUGAUGAAGAAAGACCGGUAUGCAUUCCCAAUCCCCUGCGUGCCAAGUACAAGUUCAUACGGACCUGUUACCACAUCCGUCAGCGAUCACAUCUCGGCAGAAAAAAUGCGGUCGUACCUGCCGUCCAGUUUGUCGACCCAUCCCUACCAGAUCCUCGACCACCAUAACGGUGUCAAGCUUGAUUCAUCUCCGUCCAUGCGAGCGGCCGAGAUGGCAGCGGCGGCCGGUGCACUGUACCCGUCGCAUCUGUCGCCCUACAUGUACCCACCUACGCUGCCGAGUAGUGCAUUCGGGAAGCUCCCCCCUGGUGCCUCCAGCCCGAUCCCGCCACACGCACACGGUGUACAUAGUCAGUCGCAGUACAUGAUGCCGUACGGAUGGCCCGGUAGUCCUGAUAUUCAACGACCAGUCGCCUACAUUCUCGUCAAACCUGACAUGGAACCAUACGGGCCUGCUCACCCUGCAAUUCGGCCCACCGUGCCCGUACCUACGAGACACACUGCUGCAAUAUAAGGCGCGGUUUAGUCGAACCUUUUUAGUUUUGUACAUUGAAUAACUUUUCGACGCUUACUGACUGUGGGCAGUAAAAAAGAAUAAUCGACGAACUGGCAUUGCGAGCUAGUGAUAACACUGUACUUAAAUGAUGUACUACCUGACUACGUAAUGUUAAACUCUGUUAGAAAACUAUUUUGAAUUUGUUUCGUGCAUCGGUGAACCAAGUUGACGAACUAGAGACUAAAAAGAUGUUUGUAAAUAAUUUGAUCUAUACCAUGUAUCUCCGAAAUGUUCUAUUCUUAUCAUAUUAUGUUUGUGAUUUUCAGCAGAAGUAUUUGAACACCUAUUUUAACCAAAGAGCUUUUUUAUGAGCUCUUUCAACGUUAUUGCAAUCAAUUUUGACAUAAUUGUUGUGAUGAAUCAAGUUUUAACUUACCAGUGUGGAACAGAAGUACUAAACUAUUUAAGGUACCAGUGUUGACGAUAUUGCCCAUAAGAAAGCAAUUAUUCUGUGUACAUUAUGUAAAUCCUUAGCAUUCAGGAAAAACUACGCUAAAAUUGAUGUUUCAGAACUGUUGUGUAUGCAGUAUAUUUCUUAUUUAAUCUUCACUGCAGAUUUUCGAAAAAGUACACACUCUGAAAUAAGAAUUUAAGCACUGAAAUAUAUUGCAUACAUCUGAGUUCAGAAAAAUAUUAAACUUGUGCAUUUUCAGAACCAAGAUCAGAAAUAGGAUUAUCAUAGGACAUUGGUGCAUCACUGUAUGUGGUGCCAUACAUAACACCAUUUUCAAAGUAAAGAAUGCUCAAAUAUAAGUGAUAAGAGAGUUUGACUCUGAUCAACACAUCAUUGAUGAAACAAAAUUAUAUUGGUAAUGUAAACUAACCACCGUAGCUAUUUGAAAAUGGGAUUUAACUUAAUUCACCGCCAGUGAAGUCAAACUGUAUGGUAUUCUGGGCAUCUUUGGAAAAGAUACGUAUUUCAAAAGUGAACCAUAAAGGUUUUUACAUAGACCUAGUGUCGCAAAAAAACUGCAUUGUUAAAAUAACAGUAUGGAAGUAGGUACUGCUCUUGAUGUGUACUUUUUAAAUAUAAAGUUACUCGAUGCAGUGAGAAUUUGUUUUGUUAUUAAUCAAGCUUUGGGUUUUUCACUUUUACUUAAAAAAAUGCACUUUUUAAAUCGAUCUAUCAACAGUUACAUGGUCAUAUCUUACCAAUACAGGAAGAAGUAUUCAUUGAAAUGUUGAAUUCAUUUAUUUUAAUUAAUAUGUUCAACAAAGAAGAGAAGAUAUCUUCCACUCACUUCAUUGAUGUGAUUAUUUUGCUGUACUUCUGACGUCUUCAAACCAUUUUGAAGCAAAACGGUACCAGUACCUAUCAAAACCCAUUUAUUUCAGUUUUGCCUAGCUUGGUUUUCUACACCCGACAUUCACUGCCAAGAUGUUUUAGUUAAUGAAAUGUCUAAACAGCCAACAGCGUUUCAUCCUCUUGAGUCGUGAUCUCAUUGCUCUGCACUGACACUCACAGGCAUCCCUGGUUUUUGGAAAUAAAUUUCUUUGGAUUUCUCGCUUCUUUUGUAUAUAUUUGUACUGAUGACAUAAACUUCAUUGAUACACCGAGGUGUAAAACUUGAGCCCUGACAUUUAAAAGCAAUUGUCAUCAGCAUGAAUUUUUUUUUCUGUAAGAGAUACUUCAUGGCGAAACUACCAUGUUUCUCUUUUCCAGAGUACUGUUUAAUCCAACUUUUCAAACAACGUUUAUAUUGAGCUAUUUUAUCCAUUGGUAUCGUCCCGUGAUUCUUCACUCGUUAAGUCAUUUGUGUUUGAUAAUUGCAGGGAGAAUGAAGAGGAUUAUAAAAAAAUCAACAUAAGAGGACAACGUUACUGUUUGUAAUUUACUGUUUGUAUUUGAUGUAUCCGUCGUUAAUAUUUGUUGGGAUCUGUCGUGAAGUUGCAGUUAUUAGGCGUCUAAUAUUUGAGAAAAACAAUUCAAUUAUUUUAGCAUAUUAAGAUUCAAACUUCUCCAUUCAAAUAUUUCCAAACAGCAAUUAAAAAUGAGUAGGGUCUGUUUCUGUACUGAAAAGAUGUACAUGUAGCUUGUAUAAAACAUCAAUUUGACGAGCUAAAACUCUGAUAUUGAAUGUAUUAUUUGUGCUUGAUUUUCCUAAUACUUGUAGCAGUAUGUCUCAAUAUUGCUAAGGCAAGUUAUCUUGCAUUUGCUGUGACCACCAUGUUUGUAAAGAGAGAAUCAUUAUGAGAUGCGCGUUACACGCGCUGUUCCCCAAGUGUUAUCAAAAUGGUUUUCUUCAACAUGGUGCUGGGGGGAAAGUUGUUUUUUAUACCCCAGCAGCAACCUGUAUUCAGAAUUGAAAUUUAACUAAAUAUGUUCCUGAGGGUAGAAUUGUUGAGUGUCAGAAACAUUUUGCUGAGUAGAAAUGCCAGACCCUGUAUUUUUUUUACAAGUUUUACACUAUCGUGGGAAAGAAGAGCCUGUUGAAUAAGUACAUAAAGUUACACUGUCCAGUUCUAUUGGAUUGUCCCACGUAGAAAAGGAUUGCUUUUUUCCUCUAAACACAUCAGGCUUAAACUGCAUGCCAUAGUUUUGGUUCAAGAGAAAGGAAAAGCUUAAAAACUUGUUUUCCUGUUCCAUGCUGCCCUUUGUGUUCAGCGACUAUUCUUUCAUAACAAAAAGGGGCCAGCAGUAGUGCAGAUCUGUGAAUGGUCAAGUCAUCUGUAUCCAACAUUUAUAGGGGUACAGCAAGGGUCUUGCUAUCCCGUGAACCAUGAUUGAUCAUAUAAGAAAAAAAUAACAACGAAGGUGCACAUCACAGUCGAAGAAAAACCACAUAGGGAUUGAAAAGGCACUUAUGACAUAAAUAAAUAGAUGAAAAGCA